AUGAAGAUCACCAUCUUCCUACUCGCCGCGCUGCUGGCCAUGGCCGCAGCGCAGACCCGGUCGCCCUCGCCCACCGGGGCCGCCUCGCCCACUGGAGCCGCCUCGCCCAGCGCCGCAGCGGGCGCCGGCUCGCAAUUCGCCAACUGCAACACCCUGCUCCUCAACGGCACCGGAAACUUCGAUAUCGUCCUGCUUGGAGCCGCCGGCGCAUCACCCUCUGUAUCGCCCGCGGUCUCUGGCUCGCCCAGCGCCUCCAUCAGCGGUUCGCCUGCGGCUUCUGGUUCGCCGGCAGCUUCUGGUUCACCGGCGGGCGGCUCGCCUGCCGCGUCGGUCAGCGGCUCGCCUGCGGCCUCGGGCUCUCCCAGCGCCUCCAUCAGCGGUUCGCCUGCGGCUUCUGGUUCGCCCGCUGCUUCAGGAUCUCCGGCCAUCAGCCCCUCGACCAAUCAGCGCCUGCUGGAGAUCAACAACGGGCUGCUGGGCGGCCGCGUGGCCGUCAACGGUGACGCUCGCCUCGUCAACUCCAUCGUCGGCGGCACACUCAGCUGCCCCACCCCCUCGGGCGCCAUCAGCGGAUCGCCUGCGGCCUCCGGCUCUCCGGCCGCUUCCGGUUCGCCCGCCGUCUCUGGUUCGCCAGCCGUCUCUGGGUCGCCCGCCGCCUCCGCUUCUGCUUCGCCCGCCGCUUCCGGUUCGCCUGCUGCACAGCAGCUGAGCCUGCUGGUGAGUGGCAACCUCGAGAUCACCAACUCGCAGAUCGCCUGCGGCGGACUGGCCGUGGGCGGCAACGUCGUCGGCUCACCCCUGCUGGGUCAGCCCAACGCGGCCAACCUGACCGGCCAGCAGGCCCUCGCCAGCUCGGGCAUCGACUUCGCGGCCCUGCGCCAGCGGCUGCUCGCCACCAGCGACGAGCUCUGCUCACUUCCCGCCACGGGCCAGCUUUCGGUCAGCCAGUUCGGAGCCGCCGUGCUCGAUGCCAGCGGCGGAGCCAACCAGACCAGCGCCGGUGCCAACGCCAGCAACGUAGCCAUCUUCAACCUCCCCUCGGCCUCGCUGGCCAACCUCACGUCGGUCCUCAUCAACGGCACCUCCAACGAGACCUUCGUGAUCAUCAACGUCAUCCAGGAGGCCAACCAGACCGGCGAGACUGGUGGCGGCGUCAGCGGUGGCGGCAGCAGCAACCUCACCCUCUCAGCCUUCGGUAUCGAGGCCGGCGGCCUGAACGCGUCUCACCUUCUGUGGAACUUCUGCAACGCCACCAACAUCCAGAUCAACGAAAUCCUCCUUCUGGGCUCGCUUCUGGCCCCGCGCGCCAGGAUCAACGUCGACCGCGCCGAGGUCGAGGGUGCGCUCAUCGCCCAGGCGCUCACGGGCAACUUCUUCAACCACAUCCCCCAGCGCUUCCAGGGCAACUUCUGCUCCACUGCCGCCGGCCAGCAGCCCUCCCAGGCCGGCGCCUCUCCUUCUCCCCAGGCCUCGCCUUCGGCCUAG